AUGCAGAGUGACGUUUGGUUGGACUUCCCAAAUAUAUUGCAAAACCUGUCUAAGGCUAUAACUACUGAAAGCAUCGAGGUCGACAGUCUGUGUGAAGGCAUAGAGCAGGUACCUAAUGGAAAGGAGGAUGCCAACAAAAAAGCAUGCCAACUUAUUGUUAGAGGUUUAAAGCAUCUAUACAGCAUUCAGGAGUCUCAUAUACCAAAUGUACAGGAUCACCCUUUUCUGAACCAGCAGUUUAAGCAAUUCGCGAUAUGUCUUUUAUUAAAACAAUUCGCCAAAAAAUUAAAAGAACAAUCUAAAUGUGAAGUAGAGGAAGGAAUGAAGAAGGCAUUUGAAAGCAGUACAAAAAUUAAAGGAGAAAAAUGCACGAAGAAUACAUAUGAAUGUGUUGAAUGCAAAAGGGAAGAUGACUAUUCAUCUUGCCCAAUGGGCGGACAGCAAAUAGGAGACAAAUUGAAGAAACUGUUAGACCAGAAUAAAAAUGGCAAAAAGCAGGAUGUAAAGCAAGCUUUGGAUGCUAUAGAUAAUAUAUGUAAGGUGAGUGUGCCACCAGCCAAAGUUCCUGAAGUACCAAAGGAAGUUGUUCCAGAGAAAAAUUUUCCAGCACCUGUUCCUAAGGCGGAAGAAGCACAACCCCAACUUCCGGAGUCCUCACCAGCACCUGCUGCUCCCCCCGCUGCUCCAGCUUCAGAAGAAAAAACUUCAAUUACGGAAAAAAAAGGAAAAAAUGUUGACAGUGAGCUGGGUGGCGUAGUCACCCCUCCUGCUCCUGCCGCACUGAGGAACCCCAUAGACCCUUCUAACCUUACUUCAUACCUCCCUCUUGCUCCUGCUGUGCUUGGUAUUUCUGCUAUGACCUACUUACUUUGGAAGUACUUUGGUAUGUUUCGUAAGACAAGAAAACGUUACAGAAGAGCUCCUCAAAUACGUGGUCCCUCCUUAGAACAGCAGAUUGUUGACCAUGUGAACGAAGAUGUUCCACAUGCAUAUACCAUAGUAAAGGAACGAAAAGGACCAAGAUCUGUUCCAACGAGGAGGAAACACGUUGGUAAACAUGCUGGUCGUCGUCGUGGUGUACGUCGCCGCAUGAUUAUUGAUAUUCAUUUAGAAGUCUUAGACGAAUGUCAAAAAGGGGACCUGCAUUCGAUGAAAGAAGACUUUUUUGAAAUAAUCGUUCAAGAAUUUAUGGGAUCAAAUUUUAUAAAAGAAGAAAAGGUUCCAAAUUCAGAUUCGGGGUUUAGGGAAGGAAGACUUUGUUCCUAA